AUGACAGAAGAAAACCAGACUCUGGUGACUGAGUUCAUCCUCACGGGACUCACAGAGCAUCCCACGCUAAAGGCUGCCCUGUUCCUACUAUUCCUUCUCAUUUACACCAUCACCAUGGUGGGAAAUCUUGGUCUGAUUGCUCUCAUAUGGAAGGAUCCUCAUCUCCACACCCCCAUGUACUUAUUCCUCAGCAGCUUAGCCUUUGCUGACUCCUGCACUUCAACCUCUGUGACUCCAAAAAUGCUUAUCAACUUUUUAUCUAAAAAUCAUGAGAUAUCCCUGGUUGAGUGCUUUGCCCAAUUUUAUUUUAUGGGUUCCAGUGCAACCACAGAAUGUUUCCUCCUGUCUGUGAUGGCCUAUGACCGCUAUGUGGCCAUAUGCAACCCCCUGCUUUAUCCAGUGUUGAUGUCAAAUAGACUCUGUACUCAGUUUAUAGCUGUGACGUACUUACUGGGUGUUCUCCACUUGGCAAUCCAUGUGGGUUUGCUAUUUAGACUGACUUUCUGCAGAUCCAACGUUAUACAAUAUUACUAUUGUGAAAUUUUACAACUCUUCAACAUUUCUUGCAUUGAUCCUACAAUUAACAUGUUUGUGCUUUUAAUCUUUUCAAUUUCUAUACAAACCUUCACCUUUGUAACCAUCAUGGUCUCAUACAUCCGUGUGCUCUUUGCCAUCCUGAGAAAGAAGUCUGAGGGCAGGAGCAAAGCGUUCUCUACCUGCAGUGCCCACCUGCUUUCUGUCUCUUUGUUCUAUGGAACUCUCUUUCUUAUUUACGUUUGUCCUGGGUCUGGACCAGUUGGGGACAAAGAGAAGAUGCUUUCUUUAUUUUAUACAGUAAUAAUUCCCCUGCUCAACCCAUUUGUUUAUAGCCUGAGGAACAAAGAGGUUAUAGGUGCUUUUAGAAGAGUAAUGAAAAAUAGAUAA